AUGUACAAAGCGGACGCAGCUAGCGCAUUGCGUGAAGCUACAGAGCCCGGCGUGAUAACUCGAAAUAUACUUAUCUCCCUGGCGAUCGAUCAGGGACCAAAAAAAGAAGCCGGCAGAUUAUUUCUCGAAGACGGAAUCGAAUUGGACGAAUUGAAAGAAAUCCGUAUCGAGUUCCUUAAUAUUCUAAACAUCGAUUAUGUUUGGCUGUUGAAAAAUCUUGUCAAAUUGUCACUGUCCCAUAAUGUUAUUGAGAGAAUCGAAAAUCUGGAUGAACUUAUUCAUCUCAAGGAAUUAGAUCUCUCCUUUAAUUGUAUUAAAGUUAUGGAAAAUUUGGAUAAUUUAGAUCAAUUGGAAAUUUUACUUUUGUACAGUAAUGAAAUCUCUAUUGUACAAGGUAUUAAUAAUUUAAAGAAAUUGAUGAUUUUGAAUAUUGGUAAAAAUAAGAUCAACGAUUGGAAACAUGUCAUAUAUUUACGUGAUUUUAAAUCACUGAAAAGUUUAAACAUAUUUGAUAAUCCCUGCACUGAAAUGGAUGGAUACUUGGAUUAUUUGUUUGCAUAUGUGCCACAAUUAAUUUAUUAUCAAUAUAGAAUGAUAUCUGAAAGCGAUCGUCAAUCCGCCAUCGAUAAACAUUAUCGUAGAAUUAGUAAUCUCGAGGAAAACGAGGCGAAAAUACAAACAGAAUUAACAUUACAACAAAAAUUCAAUGACAGACUUGCAUUACUAUCUGCAUCAUAUGUGGAAUAUCUCGAUGAAGAUAAUCUUUUUCAACAAAUGUUUUCUUCUGAUGAAGCGGGCAGAUUGUUAUCCACAAUAAAUGAAGAUACGCAGAAUGCAUUUGAAGAAUACAAAAAGUCUUUCUCUGCAAUAUGUCAUGAAUUAUAUGAAUUAGGCUUACAAGAACAUGAUAAAAGAAUAGAAGAAAUAAGAUUAUUUGAACUUGUUGUUAAUGAAGGCAAAGAAAAUAAGCAAAACGUAGCAAGGAAGAUUGUGGAUGAAGUACUUGAAAGGAAAAUGGAGAUAUUUGCAAAUAUGAGAGAUGUAAUGAAAACUUUAAUAGAGGAGCAAGAAGGAGAAGUCGAUGCAGCUGAUGGCAUUGCUGCGAAAGUGUCGGAAUUGUAUAAUGAAUUCAAUGAUUUGUUAUUUAAGGCACGAAAUCAAUUAAUGUCUAAAGAAGUUAUAUUACAUGAUCAGAUGCAAGAUAUAAAUGAAGUCUUUAGGAUUAACAUGAUGGACAUGGUCAAUUUAUUCUUAGAAAACGUACGAGAGUACUUCUCUCUAUUACGAAAUUCACAGGCUGAAUAUAACGAUACUAUAAAUGGAUUAAUUUUAAAUUAUCUAAGUAGUUUUACGGACGAGGCAAAUAUACCAGCCGAUCUUAAAGAUUUGUGUGGUAACAAGGAUAUUUUGGCUACCACACUUACCACAUCACACGAUAUACAUUUACAGGUGAUAAAUAAUAGAAAGGAGCUUAUGAUAAAUCGAAUCAAUAAUUGGCUCAAAAAUUAUAUCAAUCAGUUAGUUGUAGAUGAAAAUAAAAGGAAUCGUGAACAAAUAUUGGAAAUAUCACAUUUCUUUGACUCUUUACAGCAAGAAUUUAAUUUGCUAAGCCGAUCGCAAGAAGUAGACUUGACCGACAUUGAUUUGGAGGAUGUUACAUUGGGAGAUUAAUAAUAUGUUAUGACAUUUUGUUUUUCUUGGUGAUAUAAAAAAAAUUUCGGAAAAUAAAAUAUCACAUGAUGCUGUCUA